CCCUUUCGUUCGGUAUACGUCCAAGUUGAUAAACAAAGAAAAGGACAUUUGCGAAAGGCAGGUGAGAACCGGGGAGAUAGAUGCUGCAUGCGAGUCUCUUUUAGGAGAAGCCCAGACUGACAGAGGAGGGUAAUAAUCUGGGAAGCGAAUGAAGAAACACCUUUUGCUUCACUUCACAUAUAGAGGACUAGUGAGAAAAGGGAAAAAGAGUAAAAGAAGAAAAUGGCAAAGUUUCAUUUGCGUAAAGCGGAGCCCAAAGACGUGCCUGACAUACUGCGACUCAUAAAGGAACUUGCUAAGUACGAAGAAAUGGAAGACCAGGUCAUAUUAACUGAAAAAGAUCUGCUCGAGGACGGAUUCGGAGACCACCCGUUCUAUCACUGCGUGGUCUCAGAGGUGACGGCUGAGCAUCAGAAAGUCGAGGGUUAUUCGGUGAUUGGAUUUGCCAUGUACUACUUCACCUACGACCCUUGGAUUGGCAAGCUACUAUACCUUGAAGAUUUUUAUGUGAUGAAAGAAUACAGAGGUUUUGGUAUUGGGUCUGAAAUCCUGAAAACCCUCAGUGAUACAGCUGUGAAGAAUCGAUGCAGCAGCAUGCACUUCCUCGUGGCUCAGUCAAACAAGGCAUCCAUCGACUUUUACAAGCGCCGCGGUGCUUCUGACCUCUCGCUGGAGGAGGGCUGGCGACUUUUCAGGAUUGAUAAGGAGGGUCUCUUGAAAAUGUCCGCUGAAGAGUGAGAUGGCCUGAAGAUCCGGUGUUGCAAAUGGGACUUGGGACAGUUCACGCUCUUUACGCCGUUGAAAUCUUUGAAUUAGUUAAAAUAUUAAAAUAUUGUAUUUAAAGAAAAAUCUUUGGGCAUUUGAUCAUAUAAAUAAGCAGAAAAAAAUUGCUUUUGAGAUUAAGCUAGUUCACAUUAUUCAUGAAUAUUUCUGUAUUCAUCAGGUAAAGAUUGGUGCUGGUUUUCAAUCAUAUGUAAAAAAAAUAUAUAUUUGUUUAACUUCUUAUCAGUAGUCGCAUGCGUUCAAUUUUGAUCGUAAUCAAAAAAUAAAAAAAGUCAUGUAUGAUUCA